AUGAGUAAAUUUCUUAUUUUAUCAGGGCCAAAAGCUUUAUCUGAUUUUAGAAUCAAUAAUUUGAUUCAAGAUAUUGAAAAAAAAAUUGGUCAAUCAGAUAUAAUUGAUAAAGUAAUUGGUUCAUUUACUCAUUAUAUUUCAUUACAACAACAACAAAAUGAUUUAACUGAUAAACAAUUGGAACUUUUAAAAAUAUUAUUAACUUAUGAUAAUCCUCUUGAACAACAAGGUCCAAAUUCAUCAUUGAAUGAAAUUUUAAUUAAAAAUUCCACAACUAUUGAUGGUAAAUCUAUUGAAUUACCUAAUGAUACUUAUUUGAUACAAAUAUUACCUCGAUCAGGUACAAUUUCUCCUUGGUCUUCAAAAGCUACUGAUAUUGCUCAAAUUUGUGGAUUGAAAAAUCAAAUUGAAAGAAUUGAACGUGGAUUAUCAUUAUUAAUUAAAACUAAAAAUGGAUUUAAAUUAGAUAAAAAUAUCAAUGAUUCUUAUCCUAUUGAAAAUCUUUUAACUUCAGUUUUCGAUAGAAUGACUCAAAUUAUUUAUUUUGGUAAUAAUGUCCCACAAUAUAAUGAUUUAUUUGCUCAUCAUUCACCAAAACCUUUAAUCACUAUUGAUAUUAUUUCUGAUCUGGAAAAUUUAAUUAAAGCUAAUAAACAAUUAGGUUUAGCUUUAGAUCAAGGUGAAAUUGAUUAUUUAAUUAAUGCUUUUAAAGAAAUCAUUGGUCGUAAUCCAACUGAUGUUGAAUUAUUCAUGUUUGCUCAAGUUAAUUCAGAACAUUGUCGUCAUAAAAUUUUUAAUGCUGAUUGGACUAUUGAUGGAAUUCCCCAAAAAUUAUCAUUAUUUAAAAUGAUUAAAAAUACUCAUGAAAAAACUCCUCAAUAUACUAUUUCGGCUUAUUCUGAUAAUGCUGCUGUUUUUGAAGGUCAUGAAGGUUAUAUUUGGACUCCUGAUUUUAAAACUAAACAAUGGAAAUCUAUUAAAGAAAAAGUUCAAACUUUAGUUAAAGUAGAAACUCAUAAUCAUCCUACAGCAGUAUCACCAUUUGCUGGUGCUGCAACUGGAUCUGGUGGUGAAAUUAGAGAUGAAGGUGCUGUUGGUAGAGGUUCUAAAUCAAAAGCAGGUUUAUCAGGAUUUUCUGUUGCUGAUUUAAAUAUUCCUACUUUACUUCAACCUUGGGAAAGAAAUGUUGGUAAACCAAAUCAUAUUGCUUCUUCAUUAGAUAUUAUGUUAGAAGCACCAAUUGGAUCAGCUGCUUUUAAUAAUGAAUUUGGUAGACCAGCCAUUAAUGGUUAUUUCCGAACUUUAACCACUGAAGUAGAAAAUUGUCAUGGCAAAAAAGAAAUUAGAGGGUUUCAUAAACCAAUUAUGUUGGCUGGUGGUAUGGGAGCAAUUAGACCUGAUUUAGCUCUUAAAGAUACUAAAAUCACCCCAGGAGCAAAAUUGAUUGUUCUUGGUGGUCAAUCAAUGUUGAUUGGAUUAGGUGGUGGUGCUGCUUCAUCAAUUUCUUCUGGUGAAGGUUCAGCUGAUUUAGAUUUUGCUUCUGUUCAAAGAGGUAAUCCAGAAAUUCAAAGAAGAGCUCAAGAAGUUAUUAAUACUUGUGUAUCAUUGGGUAAAUUGGGAAAUCCAAUUCAAUCUAUUCAUGAUGUUGGUGCUGGAGGAUUAUCUAAUGCCUUACCAGAAUUAGUUCAUGAUAAUGAUUUAGGAGCUAAAUUUGAAUUAAGAUCAAUAUUAUCUUUAGAACCAGGUAUGUCACCAAUGGAAAUUUGGUGUAAUGAAUCUCAAGAAAGAUAUGUUUUAGGAGUGGCACCAGAAAAUUUGGAUUUAUUUGCUGAAAUUUGUCAACGUGAAAGAGCUCCUUUCGCUGUUGUUGGGGUUGCCACUGAAGAACAACGAUUAAUUUUAACUGAUUCUUUAUUGAAUUCAACUCCAAUUGAUUUAGAAAUGUCAGUAUUAUUUGGUAAACCACCAAAAAUGUCUCGUACAGCAUUUACUCAAGAUUUAAAAUUAACUCCAUUUGAAACUUCCAGUGAUAGUACUAUUACAUUAGAUAUUGGUGAAUCUAUUGAUAGAGUAUUACAAUUACCUGCUGUGGGAUCGAAAAAUUUCCUUAUUACUAUUGGUGAUAGAUUUAUUACGGGAUUAGUUGAUCGUGAUCAAAUGGUUGGUCCUUGGCAAGUACCUGUUGCUGAUGUUGGGGUCACUGCUACUUCUCUUGGUGAUACUAUUUUAACUACUGGUGAAGCUAUGGCUAUGGGGGAAAAACCAACUUUAGCUUUAAUUUCUGCUAGUGCAUCAGCUAAAAUGUGUGUUGCCGAAUCUUUAUUGAAUAUUUUUGCUGCUGAUAUUCCUUCAUUGGAUCAUGUUAAAUUAUCAGCUAAUUGGAUGUCAGCAGCAUCUCAUGAUGGUGAAGGAGCUAAAUUAUAUGAAGCUGUUCAAGCCAUUGGUAUGGAUUUAUGUCCAGAUUUGGGUAUUUCGAUCCCUGUGGGUAAAGAUUCCAUGUCAAUGAAAAUGAAAUGGGAUGAUAAAGAAGUUAUUGCUCCAUUAGCUUUAACUAUUACUUCCUUUGCUCCAGUUGAUAAUACUUCUAAUACUUGGACUCCUCAAUUACAAAAUGUUGCCAAUGAAGAAACUAUGUUGGUUUUAAUUGAUUUGGCUGGUUCUGAUGAAAUCAAGAAAUCUUUAGGUGGAUCUGCAUUAGCUCAAGUUUAUCAACAAGUUGGUAAUUCUGCUCCAACAGUUCAUUCACAUAAGAUUUUGAAAUCAUUUUUAGAAACUCUUGUUGUUUUACAUAAACAAUUUGAUGUUUUAGCAUAUCAUGAUAGAUCAGAAGGUGGGUUGAUUACUACUGUAUUGGAAAUGGCUUUCGCAGGAAGAUGUGGAUUAGAUUUAAAUGUCAAUGGUAAACAAGAUGUUUUCACUGAAUUAUUUAAUGAAGAAUUAGGAGCAGUAUUCCAAAUUAAAUCUAAAGAUUAUACUAAAUUCCAACAAAUUUUCUUAGAUAAUGGAAUUAAUGAAAAUUUCAUUCAAAUUAUUGGUAAACCUAAAUUUGAUUCCAAACAAAUUAUUGAUAUUUCUUUUAAUGGUACUCCAAUAUAUUCAUCUACUCGUAGUCAUUUACAACAAUUAUGGUCUAAUACAUCUUAUCAUAUUCAAAAAUUAAGAGAUAAUCCAAUUACUUCAACACAAGAAUAUGAUGCCAUUAAAGAUGAUAAUGAUCCAGGUAUUUCAUAUCAAUUGACUUACUCACCAAAUGAUUUCAAAAAGUACUCUAAACAACCUAAAGUUGCUAUUUUAAGAGAACAAGGGGUCAAUUCUCAACAAGAAAUGGCUUGGUGUUUCCAACAAGCUGGAUUUGAUGUUUAUGAUGUGACAAUGUCAGAUAUUUUAGAAGGUAGAACCACCUUGGAUGAAUUUGUUGGGAUUGCUGCUUGUGGAGGAUUUUCUUAUGGUGAUGUAUUAGGAGCUGGUGCUGGUUGGGCUAAAUCAGUUUUAUUCCAUGAUAAAGCUCGUGCCGAAUUUAAAAAAUUUUUCCAAGAUAGAACUGAUACAUUUGCCUUUGGUGCUUGUAAUGGAUGUCAAUUUUUAAGUAGAAUAGCUGAAUUAAUCCCGGGUACAGAAAAUUGGCCAACUUUUGAAAAAAAUUUAUCAGAACAAUAUGAAGCUAGAUUUGUUAUGGUUGAAAUUGAUUCUCAAUCAAAGAAUAAUUCUAUUUUCUUACAAAAUAUGAAAGGAUCUAAAUUACCAAUUGCAGUUGCUCAUGGUGAAGGUAGAGCUCAAUUUAAAACUUCACAACAACAACAAGAUUUCCAAUUGGAUGUGAUUCAUUAUGUUGAUAAUUAUGGUAAAAUCACAGAAAAUUAUCCUUUCAAUCCAAAUGGUUCACCAAAUGGUAUUGCUGGUAUUACUAAUUCUAAUGGUAGAGUAUUAGCCAUGAUGCCACAUCCAGAAAGAGUUUGUAGAAAAGAAUCAAAUUCUUGGUAUCCAAUUGAACAAGGUAAACAAUGGGGUCAAUACGGUCCAUGGAUUGAAUUAUUCAAAUCUGCUAGAGAAUGGGUUGGUGAUAAUUAG